AUGUUUAACGCCGGUUCCUUUCCCGUUGUUGUCACGAAUGCAUUUCACUUUUCUUUCUUGCUAGUUGUGCCACUUGAGAUCGACGACAGUGUUGCCACGAUCGGUAGCGCUAACAACACACCCAACAGCAGUCAGGAUAAUUCGGAUGACUUUGUGCUAGUACCAAACAAUCUACCGGUAGAUCCAUGCAGUGGAAAUUAUGAUAAGAGUAAACCAACUAGAGUGCCUCAAACAGCUACAAACGCUCAGGCGAGUCCACCGAGACCCAGCACGCUGCCGAUCUCGGAGCCGAAGCCCGUCCCGACGGCAGCUAGAAAGAUUUCUCGACAGCAAAGUCAGACGCCACCAAAGAACAUCCCCAAUGCAAUACCUCGAUCUCAGCCGAUCAGCAUGAAGCGAUCCGAGCAUCGAAACAGUAAUUGUGAUAUUAGCUCAAUAUCGCCGCCGGCAGUGCAAUUCGCAAUCGGUACUCCUCCCACAGGCAGCCGCCGACGAUCAACGUCGGGUGGAUCUCUGUCGGAAACGCCUCCUCCGCCGUCCUGCUGGACGGUGAGUCCAGCGUCACAUCAUUCACCUCUGCGUCGCUCCGGCACCAGUUCGCCAGUAUUAUCAAAUGCCCUAUCGAAGCUUCCGGCCCUAGGUAGCCCAACGCUGAUGACCAACGACAACAACAAUACUCAUCCGUUGGGAACCAGGGCUUUCACUCUACCGGAAAUGGGGGCAACCGCUGGACUGCAGAGUUACUUACAUGAUAAUAAUCUGGACGAUCAUCCGAUCAACUUCCAUGCACCGGAACUGCCAGCUGAAACGCUGAUGGACCGCGAACACAAUGAAACCCUAGCGAAGCUAAACUUCGUCAUCGCCCUAACGGACUGCAUCCUAGAGGUGGCGGAUUCCCGUUGUGCACCACUGUCGGCACUAAUGUCAGCCGAUGCUCAACCGAUUGCACCGCACGCGCCAGAGCACUGCAAACGAGCCGAACGACUGGUUCUGCUGGUACGGGCUCUGAAUCUUCUCUCGUCCGGUAUGCAUCUGGCGUCGUCCCAACUACAGAGUGGACACCUGAAGCCAUCGGACACGGUGAAGAAUGUACUUUCGAUGAUGCACACGCGAUACCGGUCGACUCUGUGCGAAUCGAAGAAGCUGAACGGAACGGGACUGCUGCAACGGGCCGGGGCUAGCAAUAUUACCGCUGAUAAGAUUCUGUACGACCAUGCGAUACAAAUGUGCCAAUCGGCCGCCCUGGACGAGCUGUUCGGUAACCCGGAGGAUUGCUUCACCCGGUACCAAUCGGCACAGAUUCUGCUUCACUCGCUGGCGCAGAAGUGCAGUCACCCCCAGGACAAGAUGCUCCUAUCGAAAUACAAAGACGCCGUCGAGAAGCGGCUGUACAUCCUCCAGCAGCAGGGUUACAUCUACGCGACCGAUGAGCUGUCCUGAACCAGCGCCCUGCAGACGCUCAGGAGACGGCUGUCGAAAAUCUUCUGACUAGAUACUUCUGGGACUGCUGCUAUUGCUCCUGCGUGGGCGGUCUGAAUCAUCGUUAUCAUCUAUGUAAGCAGAAUAAGAAAGAUAAGAAGAAUGCCGCGCGUUUGCGGGUGACGAAUGAACUGCGGUUGCUGAACGGGACGAAUGAGUGCGGAAUAAGGCGUGAUCGUGAGCUCGAAUGUUUGAAUGGAAAAUGAAUACCGAACUCGAAGAGAAGCCCAUCUACAACUCCCACUCGGUAUCGGUGAGAUUUAUGUUUUUUUUUCUAUAGGCUUAUUUAUUCGUAUAUUUUAUUUUUGCAAUCAUCAUUGGAAGAAAGUUUUCGGAAGCGCUGUCGCUUUUCUUUUCCCAGCGAACGGCUGUAAAUACAAUCAAGGUAGCUUUUUUGAAGAGUAGGAUCAGCAAAAUUAAAAUUUACUAAAGUUUUGGCCAUUCUAGAUGAAGCCGUAAAGUAGUUGAACGAUUGUUAAAUGCAAUUCUAUGGAACGCUUUCGUAUGUUGUUAUGUCGAUGAAUUAUGAAAACCUAUCUGAAGCAAAUUAUAUGCAUAGCUUAUGUAAAUAUACGCAACAGUUGUACUCACGAAAAUGUACAUAGGUUGCACCAAAAUCAAGGCGAAGGGCUUCUGUAUGAUUCGCUGCAUCUGAUGUGUGCAUGCUUGUUUAUCAGCUAAUAACAUCGCAUUCAUAUCUAGAGCGCAGUAACGUGCUUGUUUUUCGGUGGUAUCAGAAGUUUAUUUUCAAGCCGUCAUCGAAAUUUACUUGACACGCUUCCUAGCUUCGCCAAUGAUGACGACGAGUUUGCUAAAUUUACAACAAUAUUGCAAUUCUUAACUGGGUGAAGAUUUCCUUCAACCGAUCAACGCUUUGACGUAAAUACCGUGGUAAAUACUCCAACUUGAUAGGGUUGAAGAUUUCACUCGUCUGAAACGACUCGUCAGCUAGAGAGGUCUUUUUAUACGUACAACAAUCGAGAUGUGUGGGAAUACAGUUUAGCAACUGCACCUGCUCAAAUACGAUCCACAUAACGGAGGCGUUUCAGUUGUUCCCAAUUUCAAAGACGCAACACGAAAAAAGUUCAAAUAUUGAUAAUAUAAAGAACAUCAUUCUAUUUUCGGUAUAAAUCCUUUGUGAAUUUAUGGAGCAAAAGCCUAGAUGAAAUGUGUUCAAUAGCAUCAAUAUUUGGAUCAAUCAAAAGAAGCAUCUCGAACCAGACAUGUCUCAAUUUUACGCUGUGGCUAGGUUCCUAUUUCGUUCCAAGCAGUUUUAGUUCCACUGAUCCAUCACGUGAGUGUGAUAUAGGGAGAAAGGCAUAACCAUACCAAUAUGAUAAAGUAAAACGUAGUACCUAAGUACAAAAAAUAACUAACAAACAAACUCCCCCAAGAAAUAACGAACUAGCAAAUCUGAAUAAACCUAACCCUUUAACUGAGCUGGGUGUUUGUCUACGAUG